AUGGUUUUCCAUCCUCUCGAAAAUCAUCAGAAAAAACAACACAUCAACAAUUACCAAGACGAAAUGAAAACCCUUCUUUUCGCUCUCGUCCUGACCUUAAUGGCUGCGGCCGUGGUCAUGGCUAAUCCAAAGCCAGUCGAUUCCUAUGGUGAACAUGCAAAACAUUGUUUCAAGAAAUGUACACAUUUCAAAACCUUCCAAGGCAAGUGUGUCGAUUUUGAAUGGGUAGGAACCAGAAAGGAAUGUUGUGCUUGGAAGACCAUUGGUAAAGGAAAAUGUGAUCUCUACAAGAAGAUUGGAAAGUGUGUGAAAUACAGCAAGAAGAGACAUGUUUGUUUGGGUCACGCUUACAAGCAAUUCUGUAACAAGGUCACCAAACACAAGAUUUGUACUAAAUGGGCAUGGAAGGAAGCAUGUAAGAAGAAGGGUACCAACAAAGCUUGUGAUCAAUAUGCUUAUCACUUCAUUUGUACCAAAUAUGACACUGCUUCACGAUGUGCUGUCAAGACCUUCGUUCCAAAGAUUACCUUCUUCUUUAAGAAGAGAUGUGCCAGAUAUGCCGUUCAUCAAUACUGUUCUAAAUACAAGACUCUUAAGAGAACCAUUCAAAAGUGGGUUCCUGUCAAGGCAAAACACUACAAGGGUUGGAUCGACAAGUACUAUGUUCAAGUUUUGGAAAAGAAGUUCAGAAAGAUUUGCGUUGAAUUCUCCAAGAAAAAGACUUGUGUCAAGCAUCAACAUGUUAAAUUCUCCAAGAAGAUUGGAUACACCAAGAAGUGUGUCAAGGUCGUCACCAAGAAGUUCUGUGUUGCAAAGAAGAAGAUUAGAUUCUGUACCAGAUUCACUCCAAGUCACUUCUGUGCUAAGAGAGUUAAGGUUAGAGUUUGUCAAAAUCAUGCUUUCCAAAAGUUCUGUUGCAACUACAAGGCCAAACCAUAUUGUACUCAAUUCAAGACAUUGAAGCCAAGAUGUAUCAAGAAGAAGUUCAAGCAAAUUUGUGCUCAUCGCUCACCAGGUCAAAAGAUUUGCGUCAAGUUCAACUUUGUUGGUGGAAAGAAGAUUUGUCGUAAAUUUGCUCAAGUCUCCAAAUGUGCUAAAUGGAAGAGAAUUUGUAACAAGAUUGAUUUUUACAAACCAUCCAAGAAGGUAUUAAAGAAGAAGAAGAAGUAUUAA